AUGAGUUGCUAUAAGACUUUGGAAACUACUUGCAAGGAAAUUAAAAGUCUAAUUGCGAAAUUCUGGUGGGGUUCGAAAAAUGGGGAGAGGAAACUUCAUUGGUUAAGCUGGGAUAAGUUGGCCAGGGCGAAGGGUGAGGGAGGCAUGGGGUUUCGUGGCAUAAGUGAAUUCAAUACAAGUGUCUUGGGAAAGCAGUAUUGA